AUGGGAGAACCGGCGACGGUUGGCUCUGCGAGGGACUGGAGCGAACGGUUGAAGGGAUGGCUCUUUGGAUUUUUCAUGUUGUCUUCGACGGUAUUCGGUGCAAUAUACAUAUUCAUUCCGUUCACGCCAUUGAUCUUCUUCUACCCAAGGGCAUGGAGGCGUUUCGCUGAUCACAUGAAUGGAACGUGGCAUUCAAUGGCUGGGUCUUGCGUCCGGCUACUAUUCGGCGUCAAGACGCGGAUUGUUGGUGACAAAGCGGAUUCCAGGGAAAUGGCCAUUUAUAUUAUGAACCAUCGAACGAGCCUCGACUGGUUCUUCUUCUGGAAUGGUCUGUAUCAACAAGAUCCUUCGCUGAACCACAGUGAGAAGAUUGCUCUAAAAGGAAUGGCCAAGCAUUGUCCUGGCGCAGGCUGGGCGAUGCAAUGCAAUAGCUUCAUCUUCCUCGACAGGAAAAUGGAACGAGAUAAAGAGAGGGUACGGAGGCUACUUGAUUAUUAUGUCGGAAUCGGCAACAAUUAUCAGAUUUUACUCUUUCCCGAAGGAACCGACAGAUGCCCGAUUUCCAUCGAAAGCAAUGAGAAAUAUGCAGCAAAAAUGGGAUUGGCUCCCUAUUCCUACCUCCUGCACCCCCGGACCACUGGCUUCGUCUUCAUGGUCCAGCAAAUGCGAAAGACUGGUAAACUGAAGGCCAUCUACGACGUCACUGUCGGAUAUAAAGACAAGAUCGUUCAAACCGAAACCGACAUUAUUAUGGAAGGUGUAUGCCCGCAAGAAGUACACUAUCAGAUGAUCCGAAUUCCGAUCGACCAACUUCCACUCGGUGACCAGCAGUUAGCCGAUUGGCUCGUUAAGAGAUGGGCUGACAAGGAAGAGAAGCUGCGCCAGUUUUACGGGUCUCCUCGUGAGCAAACUUUCGACAAUACACCAACUGGCCAGGAAUACUUUUUGACCCCCGAGGGCGAGCGACGAGGCAAUAUUCUCGUCAUCGGCUGGACAUUGGGCACGUUCGCUUGGAUUUUUGGUCUAUUGCCCUACCCGAUGCUGUCUCUGCUUACGGUCUACGGCAUUUCCUACUAUCUGAUUGUUUGCUUGGUCUACGGAGGAGUGGAGUUCUUGGCGAUUGAACGAUUCCGAGCAUGGGAGUCGUGGAAUAUCGAGCAAAAAUGGAGCGUGAUCCCGGAGACUUUUCAACGCGUCGCAGCCAAGCUCCCGUUUGGGUUUUUC